AUGACAAUAUCUCAUGGUUGUUAUGCAGGUGAUGAUAUCCCCUUUGGUAGAUCAUCUUCUAGCCACAGGGUUCUUGACACUGAAUCUGGUCAUUCUGCAUUGCAUGUGGAAACACAAACUGUAGUUUUACAGGAAAUUCCACUGAAGUGUGGAACUAAGGUGGAAUUUACAUCAUCUUUGGCUGCUAGCAGAGAGCAGUUCUUCAUUGAGGACGGAUGGAGGGUAGGCAAACAGCUUGAGUGCAUGAUGGAGGGUCUUGGUGUCAAUUUUCUAUCACUGCCUGCUCCAGUGUCAGCAAAUUCAGGUCAGAAAGAUGAAGUACAUAUACGGCUCUUCAUUCCUUUGAGGGGCAGAAAGAAAAGAUUAGGAGACAUUUUGUUGAGGUUUCAGAGAAAGAUCACAAUUCUAAUACGCACCGAUUUUAAGAAAUGA